UUAACCAGACUCAUCACUAAUCUAAGUAGGAUUAACAGAAUUUGUUUGCAGUCUGCCAGUUUGGCUCCACUAUCUGCUCCAUGGCGCUCGACGCCGACGACGAGUUCGUACUUCUCAGCUGCACCGAGUCGGACCAGACGAUUCGGGAGGGAGAUGGCCAAGAGAUCAUCGUAUCAACGGAUGCUAUUAUCGAUUGGGACAUGGCUUAUAUUCUCACUCACCAAAUCGUCAAAAUCAAAGCGAACCGUCAAAGGCUCAUUGAACAGUCUUCAUAUUUUCGUUCUCUCUUGAGUGGAAGCUUCAGUGAGUCAUGCCUGGAUUGUAUAUCCAUCAAUUGGAACAUGGAAUCAUUUAUAAAUGCUUUAAGGUCUAUGUUUGGAUGUUCUCUGGAUAUUACUCCAGAAAGUUUCAUCUCUUUUUGUGAGGCUGCACUAUUUUUUGGAGUGGAUUAUCUCCUUUCGGAGUGUCAAUGUUGGUUAAAGAGUGUGACUUCAUACAAGGGGAUUUUGCUACCUCAAAUACAAUUAGCUGAUUUGAUCAGCAUCUGGAAAUAUGGUUUGGAGAAUGCAAUUGAUUUUGUGCCACAACUAUGUAUAUUCUAUCUGGCCUGCAACUUUAUGUGGGCAAUUUCCUUUGAUGCUUUCCAUGAUGUUCCUUAUGAAAUGUUAUAUUCAUGUAUAAAGAAUCCUAAUUUGACAGUAGACAGUGAAAAGCAUCUUUGUGAUGCUAUUCUAGCUUGGCUUACUUCCAACACCAAAGAGUAUGGGGCUUCAAGUGCUUCAAUAAAUGAUUACACUGACAUUUUGGCAGAGAUCCGUUUUGGCCUUUUGCCUUUAUCAUUUGCUGCAGUGAAAAGAAGAUGCAACUUCUUUUCGGAGUUUGCUGAUAGAGGUAUCAGUACCAUUCUUACUUUAGCAAGUUAUCCUUCUGCAAGCUCAACAAACAUCCUUGAUGAUGAAGACUUUAGUCAUCUUAGAAUCCGGUUGACUAAAUAUACUAAGAAAGUGGACCUUUCAGGUUGCCCUCAGUUCAGUCCUGCUCUUCUCCUCUUAUCAGUGCUUCACUCUUCACAUAGCAUGGAUCCCAUUUUGAAAAAUAAAAUUAAGCAGCAAUUACUUACUUUUGAGGAUCCUAUUGGGCCCAACUUUGAGAUUUCCUGGCAAAUAUUUCCAAUUUUGACUUUUGAAGGAGUGCAAGAAGUGGAUAUCUCAAAUUGUCAAAUGCCACUUCUUAAACCUGUUGUUGAAUGCUUUUCCAGGUCUUUCCCAUCAUUAAAGACAUUAAAGGCAGCUAAUUAUUUAAAGCUACCCACUGCAAUGUUGUACCAAUUGGUGCAAAGGUGCCGUCUACUCAAUGAUGUAGACCUGAGUGUGGACAUUAGCCCAAUUAUACCAGCCAAAGUUUCUAUAAAAUUUUCACACCCAGAUGUAGCACCACAAAGAUCAAGACGCAUCACUCCUAUGGAUGCUGUUUCAUUCUCAUACAAUCUUGGACUGCAGCUGUCAAACAUAACAAACCUCACAUUAGAGGGUCGAACUGAUAUCUCAGACCGUCAUCUCUUCUUUUUCACGGAAUUCUGUCCAUCCUUAUGUUAUGUUAACCUUCGAGGGUGUAUAUCUUUGACUGAUGAUGGAAUAUCAGUUGUACUGCUUAAAUGUAUAAAGCUGCACUCAAUCUUGGUUUGUGAUACUUACUUUGGACGGAAUUCCGUUCUGGCUCUUUGCUAUGGUGCAUCAAAAUUCGAGAAUUCUGCAGCACCUAAAUUUGAAGACUUCUCUCAGUCUCUGGCCUCUAGACUUCAAGUCCUGCAUAUGGGUGGCUGCAAGAGUGUUACUGAGACAUUUCUUUCGGAGCUUAUAUCUCAAACACCUAUGUUGAAAAGUCUUUGCUUAAGGGAGACUGAACUUGUGGAUCAUGCACUAGACAAAUUUUCAGGAUCUUGCUUGGAGAUGCUUGAUGUCUCGAAUACUAAGGUUUCUGGCUCUGCUGUGGCUCAAGUGAUCCGGAGAAAUCUCGGCCUAAAGUGUUUCAUUGCCAGAGAUUGUAGAAAUUUUUUACAAGAGGAAAGCAAAAGUGUGACAGAGAAGUCCAAUGCUUUCUCAUAUCAUUACAGUGAGUUAUACUAUGAACUUGGCAAAUCCUGCCAAUUGGAGGAAAUUGCAGUUGGAUGGGGAUUUUCAUUCUUUUCUUUAGAGGUUCUGAGGCCAGCAAUUAGAAUGUUAAGGACAAUAAUUAUAGGGUUGGGUGGAUCUUUUGGCGAAGAUGGGCUGAAGAUGUUGCCAACUCUCUGUCCCUGGUUGGAGACUUUGAUUCUUUAUUUCCAGGUAAUCUAUGACUGUUACCAGAUGUUGAAAGGCAUAGGUUAAAAUGAGGUUUUUCAACUUGUUUAAGUCCCAGAAUUUGUUUGUUUUCUAUAUUGGUAACAGUAAGUUAUAAUUUUAAAUAGCAGGAAAAUAAAUAUUUUGUGGAUAUUGAGAACAUCCACUGUAUAUUUCUAAUAAAAAAAUAACAGUCAAAUUGAUUUUCUUAUCGUAAUAACUACAAAUAAUGAUUGCCCCAAAAGGGAAGCUGUUGGAGUUUGCCUGAGGAUUUGAGUUUUCAACAUUGAUUCUUUCACUUCUAAAUCCAAUUCUUCAUUUUUCUGGCACACAUCUCAUCCCCAGCACCUUCUUUGCAAGUAACAUAUCUAAUUGUUGCAACCAUUUUUGAGCCACAAAAUGAAAAGACAAAAAGAGAAGUAGAUACGGUAAACAAAAUCUAUUGGAUUCCUUCUCUCUGCCAAUCCUAUUUUUCUGUUAUCUCCUUUAGGUUGGGGCAUAUAAGUGUUAGAAGAUGUUGAGGGAAGUUGAGAGAAUAUCUCUCAGCUACUCAUUUUGAAUUUGAAAUGAGUGGUUGAGAGCUUGGCUAAUCCUACUACUAGCUUGUAUAAAUAGUAUACUUGUACAGUUCCUUCUCAUGGGUUUAAUACACACAGUUCACAUUCUAUGAUAAGUUUUUGCUCAGCUCCCAAAUGCAUUGCCUUAGCCUGUGGGAUCACUUCAUGAAAUAUAUGCCUGUUCCAAACACCACAUGGUAUUUCCAGUAUGGCCUGCCUUAGACUCAUUCUAGUUUUACCUUACCAAACAUUGUUUAGUAUAUUAUGUUAUUUCUUUCUACAUUUGUUAUGCAUUGAAACCUUUUCAAAUGAUGACUUAAGAAGCUGAUGUUGGAUAUAGAAAUAGGUUGGUUUUUAUAUUAAGCUGUCCUUUAUUUGACUAAAACACUUUUUAGGUUGUAGUACAAUGCUUUAAUCUUGGAGUUCAGAGUGUAGCUUGAUGGUAACUUGAAACCGCUUUCCAAGUUGUACACAUUGGUUCAAAUUGUAUCACCCUCAUCCCCCAUAAGAUGUACCCAAAAAAAAAAAAAAANAAA